AUGGCGCCAAUCGGGUCGCUGCUUUGGAGAUCUCUCCGAGUGUGGCAGAUAUACGGGGCCAACACUGAAGUAGGGAAAACGGUGCUGACCACUAUACUCUGCAAGUCUGCAAGGGAUCGUUAUAAGAACGAGCUGAUAGCAUACCUCAAACCUGUCUCCACCGGCCCCCUGGACGAGGCUGAUUCACAUCACCUGGACAAAUAUGCCAAAGGAGUUGCCCAUGCCACACUUCAUCAGUACGACCUUGCCAUCAGCCCACAUGCAGCAGCGAGGGGCAAGUUCGUUCCCUCCGACAAAAGCCUCCUGGAAUCUAUAUAUGCCCAUGCUGCACAGACCGCAGCUCGUAGCCCCGGCUGGCUCUUCAUUGAGACCGCCGGUGGGGUUCACUCUCCCGGUCCUUCAGGUGUAUCACAAGCAGAACUCUACAAGCCACUGCGCUGCCCUGUGGUGCUAAUUGGGGAUUCUAAGCUCGGCGGCAUAUCCUUGACAAUCUCCGCGUACGAAUCCUUGAGGCUUCGGGGUUAUGAUAUCGAGGCUGUGUUACUGUUCCGAGACGAGCAGUACCGCAACUGGGAAUACCUCACAGAGUACUUUAAGGAGCACCAUGGGAUCCCCGUGUACUCCUUUUUCCCACCCCCGCAACGCGAAGCUGAAUCCUUGGAACUUGACGCGGAGAGAAUGGGCAAGUAUUACGGCGCGGCCAGCCAGGCACCUAUCAUCCACGAUGUACUCGAGCAUCUAGACAGCAGACAUAAGGCCCGUAUCGCCCGUCUGGAGUCCAUGGCCCACUCAGCACAUGGAAAAAUUUGGUACCCCUUUACACAGCAGAAGCUCCUCGCUCCAUCCUCGAUUACCGCAAUUGACAGCGCCAACGAGAACUUCUUUCAGACCCUCGUGCCAGAAAGCACAUCUGGAGAACCAGGCAACGAACCAUUACUACAGCCAUCAUUUGAUGGUUCUGCUUCCUGGUGGACUCAAGGCCUCGGCCACGGAAAUACCUCGCUUACUCUUGCCGCUUCGUACGCUGCUGGCCGCUAUGGCCAUGUCAUGUUCGCGGAGGCGAUCCAUGAACCGGCAUUGGCACUUGCUGAGACACUCCUCCAUGGAAUGCAAAAUCCACGACUGACGCGAGUCUUUUACUCUGACGAUGGAAGCACGGGCGUCGAAGUGGCAGUCAAAAUGGGUUUGCGUGCGGCCAGAGUCCGCUACGGAUGGUCCAACAAGGAGAAUCUUGGCAUUAUCGGACUCAAAGGUGGGUAUCACGGCGAUACAAUCGGUGCAAUGGACUGUGCAGAACCUAGCGCCUUCAAUGAGAAUGUCGAGUGGUACGAAGGGAAGGGGAUGUGGUUCGACACACCCAGUGUGAAGUGCGUCAAGGGAAAGUAUAUCGUUGAGAUCCCUGAAGGAUUGAGAGGCCUGCUGAAGUCAAGUCACCCGGAAUUCGCCACUCUAGCCGAUGUAUUCGACAUCGAAAAGAGGGAAAAGGCGCGACACCACGAAGCGUAUGAACAGUACAUCGAGAAGACACUACAUCAUCACCUUUCACAGGGUCGGAAGUUCGGCGCCGUCUUGCUUGAGCCGGUCGUUCUCGGUGCAGGCGGCAUGAUUUUGGUAGACCCACUGUUCCAACGAGCUCUAGUCAACGUCGUACGUCGAUCCUCACGUCUAUUUGGCAGUGAGGGAGGUGACGCCAUUUCCGAUGAGCAGAGUUGGAGCGGGCUGCCCAUCAUUUUUGACGAGGUAUUCACGGGACUCUAUCGUCUGGGUAGGUUCUCGGCGUCAUCAUUCCUAAACAUACACGCGGAUAUCUCGGUGCACGCGAAACUUCUUACCGGCGGUCUUGUGCCCCUUUGUACAACACUAGCGUCAGAGAGUAUUCUACGGGCUUUCGAGUCCAACGACAAGACGGAAGCCUUGCUCCAUGGACACAGCUACACCGCUCACCCCAUAGGAUGCAAUGUGGCAACAGAGUCGCUUCGUCAAAUGCAAGCCAUGGAGCGCAAUGGAGAUUGGGACUGGGCCAAGAAAGGUGGAUGGUCUAAGGCCGGGGCCAACGAAACGCUCUCCGACUCUAAAGUCUGGUCAAUAUGGCAUACAGAGUUUGUGGGCUGGCUCUCUAACCAUGCAGCUGUCGCAGGGGCCUGGGCACUAGGAAGCGUUCUUGCCAUCCACCUUAACGCACCUGGUGGCGCCGGAUAUACCAGCAACGCGGCUGUGAACCUGAGGGAUAUGCUUCGAUGCAACGCAAAUGAGACCACCGAAGCUCCCUGGAACAUCCAUAGCCGGGUUCUCGGAAAUGUCCUUUACAUGAUGGGCGGUCAGCAUACAAGCGAGGAAGAGAUUUUGGAGCUAGAAGAAGUCUUAACGAAGGCUCUAUCCACCUUGAAUUUAUAA